GGCGGCCGGGCAGCCAUGGCCGACACCGCUCCCCUGCCUCCGGCAGCCGCCCCGGCGGGCCCGGGGAUCAACCCGCUGUCCCGCAAGCUGAACAAGAUCCUGGAGACGCGUCUGGACAACGACAAGGAAAUGCUGGAAGCACUCAAGGCUCUCUCGACGUUUUUUGUCGAAAACAGCCUGCGCACCCGAAGGAACUUGCGUGGAGACAUUGAGCGUCGGAGCUUAGCCAUCAAUGAAGAAUUUGUCCACAUAUUCAAGCAAGUUAAAGAGGAGCUUGAGAGUAUAAAUGAAGAUGUUCAAGCGAUGAGCAGCUGCUGUGAAGAUAUGUCCAGUCGUUUGAAGGCAGCAAAAGAACAAACCCAGGACUUGAUAGUAAAAACCACAAAGCUCCAAGCAGAAAAUCAGAGACUAGAAAUGAAAGCACAAGUUGCAGAUGCAUUCAUAGCAAAAUUCCAGCUGACACCAGAUGAAAUGAACCUCCUUCGAGGCACGAAAGAUGAGCCAAUUACCGAGGACUUUUUCAAGGCUUUGGGAAGAGUAAAGCAAAUUCAUGAUGAUGUCAAGAUUCUCCUCCGGACAAAUCAGCAAAGGGCAGGCUUGGAAAUUAUGGAACAGAUGGCUUUACUGCAAGAGACAUCUUAUGAGCGACUUUACAGAUGGACUCAAAAUGAGUGCAGGACUUUGACACAAGAAUCGUGUGACAUUUCUCCAGUUCUCGCUCAAGCUAUGGAAGCCUUACAAGAUAGACCUGUUCUGUACAAGUACACUCUGGAUGAGUUCGGAACAGCUCGAAGGAGUGCUGUAGUCCGUGGCUUUAUAGAUGCUCUCACCAGAGGAGGUCUGGGAGGCACUCCCCGCCCUAUUGAAAUGCACUCCCAUGAUCCUCUGAGGUAUGUAGGAGACAUGCUGGCCUGGCUGCAUCAAGCUACAGCUUCUGAAAAAGAACAUCUAGAAGCUAUAUUAAAGCUUGUGACUAUUCAAGGUGUGGAAGAAAAUAUUCAAGAAGUGGUUGGGCACAUCACAGAGGGUGUUUGCAGGCCUCUAAAGGUUAGGAUUGAGCAGGUGAUUGUUGCUGAGCCUGGAGCAGUUUUACUGUACAAGAUUUCUAAUCUUCUCAAGUUCUACCACCAUACAAUCAGUGGUAUUGUGGGAAACAGUGCAGCCACACUACUGACAACAAUAGAAGAAAUGCAUUUGUUAAGUAAGAAGAUAUUCUUUAACAGCCUGAGUCUUCAUGCGAGUAAACUGAUGGACAAGGUUGAACUCCCACCUCCUGAUCUCGGCCCAAGCUCUGCACUAAAUCAGACACUUAAUUUGCUACGGGAGGUUCUGGCAUCUCACGACUCAUCUGUUGUUCCACUGGAUGCCCGUCAGGCUGACUUUGUGCAGGUUCUGUCUUGUGUGCUAGAUCCAUUGUUACAGAUGUGUACUAUGUCUGCUAGUAAUUUGGGCACAGCUGACAUGGCAACCUUCAUGGUAAAUUCACUUUAUAUGAUGAAGACUACUUUGGCUCUCUUUGAAUUCACUGACAAACGUCUGGAAAUGUUACAGUUUCAGAUUGAAGCUCAUUUAGAUACACUCAUAAAUGAACAAGCUUCCUACGUCCUAACUAGAGCUGGUCUGAGUUACAUAUAUAACUCUGUGCAGCAACACAAACCAGAACAGGGUCCUCUUUCAAAUUUGCCAAGUCUGGAUUCCAUGUCCCUGAAGGUAGCAAUGGCUCAGUUUGAUCGCUAUCUAUCUGCUCCAGAUAGUCUGUUGAUGUCCCAGCUGAAUUUCCUUCUCAGUGCCACUGUGAAAGAGCAGAUAAUAAAACAAUCGACAGAACUGGUCUGCAGAGCUUACAGUGAGCUGUAUGCAGCGGUGAUGGAUCCUUCAAAUAAAUAUAAGGAUCCAGAAACGAUACUACACAGAUCUCCUCACCAAGUUCAGGCACUUCUCUCAUAGUCGUGCUUCACCCAGAUUUAUCAGAAUCCAUAAUACUGUCUUUGUUAUUUGCAUUGAGUUAUUUUUCUGUCUUGAAUUUUGAUGUAUAACUAUAUAUUAAAAUAUGUAGGAAUGCGGUUUUUUCUUUAAUCUGCUUGGCAGAAGUGAAGUCUUUCCUGUGUCUUUGAAAACCUUCUGUAGGCCAGAAAAUAGAAUAUAGAUUAAAAAUUAUUUUAAUGUAUUCCUGUAAUGGAAAUGGACCUUGACAAUAUGCAAUCUCUUUGAAAAGAGUAAAGGAGAAAGGUUUUUCCUUGCCUAUACGUAAUCCUUUCAACUAGGUGUUGAAUCAGUGUCUCUUAUGACCUCACCAGUAUUUUUAUUUGCUCUUUUCUCUAUUCUUUCUCUCCUUUCCUCAGCCUAUCAUCAAUAUACAUGGAGCCUGCUUAAUGUUAAUGCAGCUGAUAUAGUUUCAGUGUCUCAAGUCUUUUAUAGCUCAUAAAUCAUUUUGCAAUAUUUGACAAAAUUGUGUUUUUUUUCAAAAUCUGUUGAUUAAAUCCUUGAGGCAAAAUUCCUGUGUUUUUGGCAUCCAUUGUCUUGUGUUGCUAUUUGGGUAUCUUUCAGUAGGAAAAAAAGAAUAUUUAAUUGCAUGUAUGUACAUAACCCUAAACUUCAUGCUUUAAGUUAUUUUUCUAAUUUUGUUUUACUAGAAGGAUUUUGUUUUAGUGAAAUUGUUGUGUAGGAGUCCUUAUAUCAGUUGAAACUUAAGGUUGGGACCAAUAAAUCUGUAGGUUAGGAAGAUCAUUUGCACAGUGGUAUGGCCAUUACUUAUAGAUAGGUAUCAAGGGGGAGAUAAGCACUCAUUCAUAUUGAAUCAGUUGUAUAUUUAAGAUGGAUGCUUUUAACAAUAGUAAUAUUCCCCAUACAGAACACAUACUUAGUGGCAGCCGAAUUCAUUGUAUGCUUGCAACUGAGCAGGAAAUAGAGAAGAGCAGCAGCAAUACAUUUUAGUCUCUUGGAAAACUCAUGGCAUAGAUCAGUGUGCUCAGAAAUCAGCUUCAGUGGUAACACCACACUGAAGUAAUAUCUCCUUUUCUUAAUGGGCAUAAUUUGUUGGUAUAAUAUAAAAAGAUUGGAAAGUGCAUGCCCCUGGAGAUCUUGGAUCAGGCAUUAAUUCUUUUGUAAAUGUGAAUGUUGGAUUUAAUCUAUUUUAGAACUCCAAAUCUGUAAGAAAAAAAAAAAAAGAAGAAAUACUUAGAAGCUUAGGAAAGCUUUAAUGGAAAAUUAGGUUCUUCUACUAGGUAAGGCAUUUAAAUUAUUCAGGUUUUGCAUUACUGUAGUACAUAUUCAGAAGGCUGAUCAUUGUUUAAUAAUAAUAAUAUUGCUCAGUAUGCCUGUAAUUAUUAUCCAAUAUGUGAGAAUUACAUCAGUUGUCAAAAGGUUAUAAAUUAGCUUGUUAAUAGAUUAACAUACUCAUAAGAAUGAACUUUUUCCUCAAAUUAAACUUGACCUCGGUCUCCAGUAAUCAAUUAGUAGUUUGCAUGAGGAGUAGCAAGAAGUUCCUUCCCAUCUUUGAGUCCAUGUAGAGACUUAUCUGUGAUUUUACCUUCUCCUAAUAGUAAUGCAAUAGCUAUAAAAGUUGUAACUCAUAAAAAUUAAGGUCAAUCACUAAUUUUGGUCCGUGCAAUUAAAGUAAAUGUCAGAGGGUCACAAAUGAGUAAAUAAAUCAAUAAAAGGCAUUUCAUUUACUGA